UACUCCGCGGAUCACCAAGCGACCCUCUUGUUUCUUCUUCCUUUUUUCUUUUAAUCCAGCUGUCGUUCGGCCGACCUGAAUCUCGCCUAACCAGAUCUUACAUCUCCCCCUCAUCUUCAACAGCGGAAGAAGAGCAUCGCCGUUUGCGCCCAUUGACGACGAAAAAAAAAAAACACCCCAGCCAGCAGCAGCACACAGACACUUAGACACAACACCCUCUACUAUACACUCAGUCUCCACCAGCUCAACGAAACUCUUCCCCAUCCUCUUCUGACACGAGCGGAACACUCGACGACUAGCUCUUCCUCCUGAGCCUUUUUCUCUCACCUCGCCAAGGACAAAGCUGGUUACUGCACAAGAGUAGAGGUUCAUCACCAAGACCGUCUAUUAGUGUUGCGAACUCAACCAGACUGACACCAGACGAAAGCCCUUCUCCCGAGACGAGAGGCUACGUCUAUCGGCGCCUUGGAACUUGACCGAAACGGGCCCAAAACGACUCCAUCGAUUCAUUGUUAGGUGUAUCGUCACCUAACACCGCCACGAUUGCUCCGUCAAGAGUCUCGUCGCGGGAAACCAACUUCCGCGAUAUGGCUAUCGAGGCUCUUAAAAAUCUUAUAAACAACAUACCCGACUGGCAGACGAGGCUCGAUGAGCUGAGCGGCCAGGUUGACAAGCGCCAGCUGGAGCUAGCAGCUCUGGCCGAGGCAAACCCCAACAAGGAACCCGAGACCAGAUCACUGAGGAAUAAGGGCUCAACAGAGUCCCUCAAGCCCAAGGAUGAUGGCGCAAUGCACAUCUGCUUCCCCGAAGAUGUACCCGCCCAGCAGCCGGAUAUUACGACAGCUCCCUUCCACAGCAGCAGACAGCGUCGUUCAUCACCGCCGAGCCCAGCUGCCGAGAAGCGUCCGGCGUUUCCCAAAUCUGCAACAGACACCAACGGAAUUCCCUGCAACCGAGUAGUCAAGAAGAACAAGAUGACAUCGAUUUGCUCUGCGGAUGGGCCUCGCCAGACAUACCGCACGAGGAAUAUGAUCAUCGUCUACUACGACAGCUACGUGCAGGGCUUCUUCGACGACCUCGUCAGGUUCAUCUCAUCAAGUAGGAAUCUGAUGCGGAAAGCCAAGAUGGCAGCCAAGGUGGCCCAGAUCAAGAAGCUAGCUGAGAUGGAAAUACCAGAUGAUGACAACACUGGUGACGACAAGGCUGCUGAGGCUCUUCCUUCGCUACGAUACAUUAGCAGUCGGCGGUAUGGACCUGCGGCCAUGCGCCUGGGCCACCCUGGCCUGGCCAACCAGACACCUGAUGUGUACGAUGAGCUGGACAAGGCUCUCGAGUUCGUGCAGAGCACAUGUGAGCAUGGUGCCCACCAGUUUCUAAGGGACGCCAAGUGCAAUGAGGAGGUGCAGAAGAUUCAGAAGCGUAUAGGCGAAGUUCUCGUCAUGGCCAAGGAGGAAAUGGACCGCGUCGAACGCGAAGAGCCCGAGAUGCUAAAGGAGGCGGCCGAUGCCAAGCCACGUACCAUGAAGCCAAUCACCGUAAGCCGGACAAUGGUACCCCAUCACAAGGAGGUCGACGAUAUCCACUCGCGGAAGCUCGAGGUGGCAGACUCUGCGGCGCCGAGACUCCCUGUUAUGCACGUGGCCGAUCGAAUCGAGGCGGACCCCGAUGCUGGCCAAGACGAUUUCGAUACCGAGGCCAUGCUUGCAAGGAUACGAUACAACUCAUCAAGGCAGAUGCGUAUGCGUGCCGUAGUAAACUAAAGGGGAAGGGAGGGAAUCUUGUUGUUGCAUAGCCGAUGUAGUUCGGCGUGGGAUCAGGAAAUGUCGCACAUUUCCUCGCCAAUGACGGAAUGAAAAAAAAAACACUAUUUUGUUUUAACGAUCCUGGUAUGCAUAGGAGUUCAGGAAAGGGGGGGUUAUAUCUAAGCAUUUCACACAAAGGGUUACUGAAGCCAAAGCUAUACGGGAGUCCCGCAUAUAGCCGCGAAAGGGGGCAUAUGGGCGUUUCUGUUUUACAAUCAUCAUUGAUUCUUAUUUUC